CCAAUAUUUGUUAAAUCGUUACUUCUCUUCAAUGCCGUCUGCUUUAUCACACCUUCCAUGUUCAUGUUAACCGCGAUUUAAUAUAACGCAGAUAUUCAACCGCGUAACCGACACCGCUAGCUCAGUUACGGACCCGUUAAACAGCCGGCAACAACAUGAGUCUGACGAUCAACGAAAUUAGUUUGAUUACAGAUUCUUGGAAACAUUUUACGGAGAAUUUCGAUUCGAAUGGAGCAAAUAUUUUCAUGAGGUUAUUUGAUCAGAAUCCUGAGUUAUUACCAUUGUUUCCAUUCGGAAAGAGAGACAGAACGGAGGCGGAGCUAAGACGGCAUCCUCUCUUCAAGAGGCAUGUUAGAGGUGUUAUGAACACGAUAGAUACGGCUGUAAAAACAGUUGAAAACCUCAAUAACGUCGUUCCUACAUUAACACAACUAGGCCGCAAACAUGCAAUGUACGGUGUAAAACCAGCAUUCUUCCAGGCAGUUGAGAACGCACUGGUUUAUGCCCUGGAACAAGCAUUACAAGAUGCGUGCACCAAUGACCACGAGCAAGCGUGGCGAAAACUGUUUAAAGUUAUCUCUGGAACAAUGUCAGUUGGACUCGAGCAAAAGUAAGCUGCAUUAACCAUGGCAAUAAUUAUGUGAAUAUAAUUUUGGUCUAUGACGUCAUGCAGGUGCACCAUCUAUCUACACACUGGCAGAUUUUGGGAUGAAAAUUUGCGGAAGGAAUUAUUCCGUAAGGGUAGCCCGGAUCGAGUGUCCGGAUAGUGUGAAAAUGCAGUGAAGGAACAAUAUCAACGCAAACGACCUCUCACAAGCUGAUGAUAACUGUGUCUUCAUUUCUGACAAUAAUCGAUUGCCACGGAUCUUUUGAAUAAUCGAUUUUUAUUUGAUAGAUGUAUAUAGGUAAUCGAUUGGUUUGAAUCUGAAAUAUAGUGUACAAAAUCCAAAAUUAUGUAAAUAGUCGUAAGUGUUAACUAUUUCUAAUUUUCUGAAUAAUUUGAAUACACUUAAAUUCAAUUUUUCAAUCAGUAAAACGGCAUACCGAUCAAUUGCUCAAUCAAUCAAUCAAUCAAUCAAUCAUCAAUCAAUCAAGCAAUAAAUAAAUAAAUUAAUUAACAAUAAUCAAGUAAUCGAUAAAUCAACCAACCAAUCAAAUGAUCAAUCAAUCAAUCAAUACAUCAGGUAUAUUACUUAAGUUUUCUAAAAGACCACGCCCAAUUACUAGGCUUCAUAGUAACUUGGCUUCAUAGCCAAUUUUGGGUUCGAAUCUCAAUAGAGACAAUAAAUAAAUAAAACAUCUCUGAAGUGCAAACAUGACACAACACAAAUACACAUACACACAAAUACAUACAUACAUAC